GGGGGAGUGGAAGCAUGCGUGUAGCGUUGAGCUGUGGUCCCUUUUUUGGCAGGCUCACGGGGACAGGACAUCCCGCGCUGCCUUCGAGAAGGCGGCAUAUGCGACGCUCUCGGAUAGUAGGUCAGCCACGGCGCGUCCCGACUUCUUCAUUGCCGACCAGGUCGCCGACGCCGUUGCGCGCCAGGCAGCCCCGAUUUCUCUGGAUCCGAGGAGGAGGUGGUUCAGGUUGUUUUGCCCACGGAUCAGGAGAUGAAGUUGACCAGGGCCAGGCUCGCGUGCAUCCGGGACCUCGCGUGGAAGUUCGGCCCCAACUUGGAGGUUCAGAAGGUCCCCGAGAGCGCCGAGACUCGCGGGCUCCGCGAGAGUGAGACAAGCCCCCGCAGCAUUCUUAGGGACCCCGAAUACACGAGAUGCACAAGGUGCGCGGCCUUCUCCGACCAGCCGUCUCCAGGACUGGCGACGCAAGUGCGCCUCCCCAAGGAAUGCACGUUUGCGGUCCACCCCGCCCGCCGCCCCAACAGUUGCAUUACACAGGGGCGUUUAUUUUUGUUCCAGGCGCGGGGGGGCGGGGGGCGCCCAAAGCGAUUGAACUGUCUGCCCCUCGCGGCCAGCCCGCGAGCGCGGGGGUCAAAGCGUCUCGCCGACCGCUGCAGGGAAUGAGGCCGAAGGGCUUACUCGGUUGGCCCGCGGGGCAGCUUGCCCGCUUGACAGAGCAGGUCGCGGCCCGCCGUUGCCUCCCACGAGAGAGGCUCGUCUCGUGAGGCUCCGCGGAGGUCCUUGGAGUGCAGGGGCUCGCCUUCGAGCGCAGGUCAA